UUACACGACGAAGAAGACAACCCGGAAGAAGAAAAACAAAACAACAACAACGUGAACUUUUCUUACUGCAGGAAAGUUUUGCUUGAUGAAAGCUGACCGAGAUGUGGAAACAGCAAGUCAAACUGCGUCUGGAGGCCGCGGUGGAAGACAUAUUGUGCAUUUUUGAAAGAACUGUCGUCAAUUAUGAAGAAGAACUGAUGCGUUUACAGAAAAAUGAGCCUCAGAACAACAGCUCGGGACUGCGCACAUCAGUGUUGCCUGCAAAUAAUCAACAAAAGUUGCUGGGUAAUAAACAUCCUUCUGAAGAACUGAGGCCCAUUGUGGACCAAUUGGACCCUGAGAAACUCCAUAUAAAAGAGGAGGAACCCUGGAUUGAUCCAGAGGGAGAGGAGAUCCCUGGGAAGAAGACAGAGACCACCAGGUUUCCUUUCACGGCUGCUCUUUUGAAGAAUGAGGAUGAGGAAAGUAUCCGUCUGUUCUCACAGCUUCACCAACAGCAAGGGGAGGGCAGAGCUCCUCCAAGCAGCAGCUCAGCUGGUCACACGAUGGCAGCGACUGGUGGGGAGGACAGCAGAAGAGCAGAAACCACCAUGAAUCUAGCUCAGGAAGACGAUUUCAGCUCUUCAGAGACUGAAGUCAGCGAUGAGGAUGAAGAUGACGAUUAUGAGUGCCGUCCUGACUUCCAGUUAAAACACUCGUCUGACUCUGGGUCAAAAACUGACGACAGUGAUGUAGACUGUAAGGAGAGCAAACCUCGUAGAUGUUCUGAGUGCAGAAACCAAUUUCUGUUCAACAGCUCUCAUAGUGAUGUGACGAGUCUCUCCGGAACCAGCCUUUCAACCUGUGUGGUUAAAAUGGAAGACAUUGCAGACUUAGACAGGAAAGUUGAGACAAAACUGAAAUCGUUUAGCUGUGAUAGCUGUGGUAAAAAAUGUACCAGAAAAGCGACUCGAAAGACCCACAGAAAAGCCCUCUUUACUUGUUAUCUUUGUGGAUGGAGGUUUCACAGUGAGAUUCAUUUAGACAAGCACAUGCGAGUCCACAAACCGUUUUCUUGUGAUAUUUGUGGAUACAGGUUUGGCCACAAGUCUCACUUAAAGUCCCACUUGAAAAUCCACUCAGGAGUGAAACCGUUCGCUUGUACGGUUUGUGAACUCCGCUUCACUCGCAAUACACAUUUAAGCCGACACAUGAUCACACACACGGGACAGAAACCGUUUGCCUGUGAUGUUUGUGGAAAAAAGUUCACCCGAAAAGAACAUUUGAACAGACACAUGAGGAAACAGGGACCUAAGCACUCAUACCCAACACAUCUUAAAAAGAAGAUGUCCGCCGUCACUGAAAGCAAAGCAGUUUAACUGUGAAUAUUAAGACAUCUAAAGUCAGACAUGAAUAGAAGCUGCACAGUUCCAACAUCUGUUACAAAAACAUGAUGUUCUCGUUGAUACUUGGAGUAAUUUAUGUGUAGAUAUUUCAGGUUUUUUUUAACAAUCUUUUGCAUUGAAAUGAAUAUUUAAUACUUAAAACAUGUCUGAAAGCUCAUCACAGACCUGUUUAGUUGUCCAGUGGUCUCCGGUUUGAUGAAUCACCGCAAACUGACUGAUUAAAUAAUACCAAGAGUCAGGAUAUUUCAUUUGCAUCCAAGCAUUUAAACUUGGAUUCUCUAGUUGAACGUGGCCUUAGUUCAGUUUUUUUAUUAUUUACACUAAAUUUUAUUUUAUUUUAUGUUUUAUGAUUUGUCCGUCCGUCCGU